GGGCGUUUCCUAUUUGUUGUUGUUGCUCAACAGUCUGUUUUUCAUUGCGGGUGUCAUAGCGGAGCCUACACUACUAACUCUCACCACAACUCGAGGAAGAUCCUUUCUUUUACCGCGAUAUUGGAUUUCUGCCCAUCUACGUCGUAACGGCGAAGGAAUGAAAAAUGUCAAACAAAAGGAACAAGCAUCUUAUCAUCCUCCGAGGAUUACCUGGAUCAGGAAAGACAAGGCUUGCAAACGAAAUAUUGCAGGACUAUCGUUCUGGGGAGAUUUAUAGCACCGACGACUACUUCAAGGAAGAGAAUGGGGACUGGAUAUAUCCACCCCCUACUGUUGGAGAGCGUCAUGCUGCACACAAACAUCUUAUAGACGAAGUUUUUGAGGCCAUGAAAGAGCGGGUCCAUCCAAUCGUGAUCGACAACACUAACGUGGAGCAGUGGGAGAUGUGGCCGUAUGUGAACAUGGCCUUCUAUCAAGGGUACUACGUCCUGUUUGAGGAUCUGCAAGAAGAAUCCACGAUCUCCCUGAAAACUCGCUAUAAAUGGUGUAAAGGAUCUAUCAGUUGGAGGACCCUACGAAAUAUGGAGGAGAGAUACGAGUAUGAUGUGGAUUUCUGGAGCAUUUUCAAAGACCCCGAAGUUCGUAAUAAAUGGAUGGAGAUGGAUGAAAAACUGAGUUACUACUGAUGGGGAAUAGCAAGGUGCUUUAAUCUGAACAGCUUCAGAGAAAGUUCUUUAAGAAUGUUUCCUGCAGAAUAUAUACUGUACAUGAUUCUUAAAAUGAUCAAAGAUCUAAUCCAAUCUAAGCGCCAUGCUCUUUCUAUACAGCUAUAUAAACAAUGAUGUUAAGGUCAAUAUGGUUUUGUUGUUAUCAUCAUUAUUACAUCUGUUAAGGGUUUAAUGCCAUUUUUUUUUAUCUUCCAAUGCCAUUACUGCAAAAGACAGCAUUUACAUAGAUGUUUUAUUUUUUAGCUUUAUUUUUUCAUGCUUUACUUUUCAAAUAAUUCAUUUAAUUAAAAAUCCAUCAAAAUAUGUGUACACAA